GCAAUUACCCAACGAAUGAGGCAGUGGAGACAUGAGUAUAAAUGGAGGCUCAGAUCUCUGAGACCACAUUCAAAACAUCAUCUGUCUCUGGAAGAACCAUGAAGAUGCUUCUGACUCUGGUGCCUCUGACCCUGAUCUGCCUCCUGCUUCACGUCUCUGCCGGGCCGGCGGCUAUAAAGGUGACGCAGGUGAAGGACAAAUGUUGUGAUGGAUUCAAUCGAACAGCGAUUAGAAAGGUGUACAUAAAAGACGUGAGGAUGACCCCAAUUAACUGCAAAAAGGAAGCUAUACAAAUCACAACAAAGAGGGAUAAGAAGUUUUGUUUGGACCCCAACUGGACCUGGGCCCAGAAAUGUUUGUCAGAGUUUCAGAAGUCUAAUGAAACGAUUUAGGUUCUUGUGUUGAUACGAUGAACGUGUCUGUUAUUGAUUAUUAAUGAUGAUUACUGAUCAACUUUAAUGGACUGAAUGUAAACGUCCUGUCAGACCCAUGUUGUGCAUGUAUGAGACACUGUGUGUUCUUCAGUUGUUGCUGCAGGAUGUUUGACAUGUUUAAUAUUCCUGAGCUCCGGCUCCUUUCUGAAUAAAAGUUUUAUUGUGGUA